AUGUCAUCUGAGUUGAAUCGUCAACCAACGUUGGCAAGGUCCGUAAGCGCCCAGUCUCUUCCCGGCUCUGGAAGUCGUUCGUCCUCGCAGGACACGUCGGCGUCGUACACUCCGGAACGAAGAUCAGCAACCCCGUGUUCUGAAGAUGUCAGCGCGAGUCCUCUCUCGGUACACAGUUUGCCUCCAACGCCAGCCCCACCGGACGUUAUGCAUGAUACGACGGAUCCACCGGCGGCUCCGUUGCCCGCGAAGGGCGACGUAAACGGCUCGUCCGUUCCUCCGGCGUCCUCUGUCGGCUCGCAAGGAGGAGGUUCCAAGAGACGGGUCGAACAACUCCAGGAGAUGGUACUGGAGCGGGAACUCCGUCGCAUAGAACUCGAAGAGAAGAAACUCAUUGUGGAGACGGAGAAACUCGAACUCGAGAAAGAGAACCUCGAGUUGGAACGACAGAAACUCCAGCUGGAGAUCGGCAAACUUCAAGCUAAUAUUCGCUAUUCGCACCCAACGAGUCUUUACUAG